AAUAGGAAAAACCAAUUAAAAAACACCAAUACAUCAGAUGGCAUGAGUCUUUAUGCGAUGCAAAGCGCGUUCGAACCCCAGGGCAUUCGUUAUUAAGCGUUGUAUAAAUGCAGAAUACUGUCGUAGUCCUCGUCACCCCAUCAAGAAUUGUGCAAAGUCCAUCAAGAAAUCACUUUUUGUGUCGAUCGUGCGAGCAAAUCAUUCAAGUCCAGCGUUUAUCAUUAGCUAGCGAAAUGUGCUAAAAUCGGGGACAGUCAAAACCUGACAUUGGUGCUAGUCUAGUGUUCCUCCAGCAGAGUGAAGGUUCUCAGUUCAAAGCGUUCUCCGAAAAAGGCACAAUGACUGGAUCAGUUCACGAUCCGAAAUGGAGCUUGGAGCGUCGCGAAUCCUCUGGCCAUUUGGUGUGGCGCAAGGACUCGCCGGAGUCAAAGGUUCGGUUCAGAUUUGAUGUCGAGGUCCUGGAGUUCGAGAAGCAUCCGCACGAGGAGCUAGACGAGAAGGAGGAUCAUUUCUCCAUGACCAGCCUCUCGGCUACAGUGGCCUUGUGUGCCACCUGCGUGGCCGUGGUUGCCGCCUCCGUCUUCCUGCCUUGGUAUCUCAUGGAGAGGGUGGGAUCGAUGUAAAGGAUCCAUGGCAAAGGCAUUAGCUUCUUGUAUAUAGUUACAGCCUGGACGGUAUUAAGUAGACUCUUGUAUAUAAACAAGCGUAGAUUUAACUAAUUGUAAAUAGUUCGUACGUUGUAAAUAGACUGUGUGGUUUUAAAAGAAAAACAAAAAGAAAAGCAAUAGAGUUUGGAAAACUCGCGGUGCAAUAGAUUGGCGAAUGCGACUUUGACAUAUUGGAUUGUAUUUAAGGAUGUGUAAAUUCUCAUAAGUUUAUUUGCAUGGUAAACGCUCCAACGAAAGAUCACAAAGAUUGUUUAUGGAAUAAACGAAAUACUUGCCUGUAAAAAUCCAUGUAUUUUGAUAUUGAAACGACGGCAAUAAGGUCACGAUCACGAUCAUAAGAAUUCGAACAGAAGCCGGUAUAAUAAAUAUUUACCACGCACUUCUUAUUGAAAUAUUACUCGGAAUUGAAAGUGACCAAUUAGACCCUCGGAUGCACACAAUGAAUCCUUCAACCCCUAUAGAGUCUGGACCAAUUCAAGGUAACAAUCAUCCCCCGCAACCAUACCCAGCAUCCCUUGCAUAGGAUGAGGGUUGAUGUCGUAAUUUCUGUUUCGCUGCCAGUGUCUUGAUUAAAAUUCUUCCCCAUUUAUGGCCAUGCUAAAAGCGCACGAAAAUCCCAUAAAAUUGUCUGCAAUCAAAUCAUUGGGUAACGUUGGCGAAAAAUGGCCGAACGGCACGUUACAAUGGAUGGGGGUAAAGUUAACGAGCAACCCCUGAACUAGAAUGGUUAAACAGACAAACUAUAUGGAAAACUAAUUGGAAUCUGCAAAGGAUAUAGUGUGCUUCCAAUUAAGUUUAGUGGGAAUUAAAUAUGUAAAUUAUCACAAGCUUAAAGGUGUACUUUUCGUG